AUGGAUUCAUCUCAAAUUCCUCUCUCUGUAUCCAUGUACGGCAGCGAAAACGGCCUGAGAAUGCAGAGCAGCGCUCUGUGGCGGUCUUUCAGAAACGGUGAUUUCGAAGAAGAAGACGUGUGGAACAUUCUCGAGGAGAAAUCGAUAACGGCUUCAAAUUCCACCGAUGAUUUGGAUUUCUUCGCCGAUUCGUCCAUUUCUGAAUCCGUUUCCGCUUCCGGAAUGAUUCCGAGGUUGAACGGCAGAGGCAAUGCUCGGAUUGCUCCGAAAUCGGCUCCUCGAUCGAUUCCGCAGUGGUUCAAACCUAACGGAAGUGAAACGCCAUGGAAAUUCGAUUGCGACGACGGAGUUGUCGAUGAGAGCGAGGAGGAGGAGGAAGAGGAGGAAGGAUUUGAGGAGAGAGUUCCGCCGCAUGAAUUGAUUGCAAAAAGGUUAGUUAGGGCACAGAUUUCGUCGUUCUCUGUGUUGGAAGGAGUUGGAAGAACAUUGAAAGGGAGAGAUCUGAGUAAAGUAAGGAAUGCUGUUCUUACCAAAACUGGAUUUCUGGAAUCACUAUGA